AUGAGAUCCACGCGCUCCAGAAGCGGAAGAGUUCCCUCAACUGGGGCUGGGCAGACCUCGGGAGCCCAGCAAGAUCGCAUCUCUGAAGAACAAGGGUCCCAAAGGACCCAGCCCAACAACGAGGACGCCAUCGCCAAGAUGGCCGAGUUCGUAUCAGACAACCCCAACAUUUUUGAGGAGCUAGGAAGAUACCUCAAAAGACACUGGAAAGAAAAAGCCGAAUCUUCCAAGAGGAGACCGACGAAGUCUCCUGAAGUGCCCUCAGGUGAGGACUCCGAUGAGGGGCGUCUCUCUCGGAGUACCUCUAGGCGCGCCUCCUCCAAGGCGACCUCUAAAAUUGCCUCCAUCUCCAGGGCGUUUUCCCGGGGACUGUUAGGGAAAAAAUCCGAGGACCCGCCUCGGCGCCCCGGGGGCUUAGCUUUUGACUACAUGCGGGCCCCGCCCUUCACAGAUGACAUCAACGGGGAGAUGGUGCCCCCAAACUUUAAGCUCCCAAACUUGCACACCUAUGACGGCCGAGGUGACCCCGAGGAUCACCUCCGCGCCUUCAUCUCCGCAUUCCGACUCUACUGCGUCCCCGACGCCGUGAUUUGUCGGGCUUUCCCCAUCUUCUUACAUGGGACUGCCCGAAAGUGGUUCUGGAGUUUAGAACCGGGGAGCAUUUCCUCCCUGGAUGAGCUGAUAGACCGGUUCAUCCCCCGCUUUGUGUCGUCCCGACCAAUAACAAAGACUUCAGCUUACCUCUUGAACCUGCAACAGGGUCAAGGCGAGUCACUUCGCUCAUACGCCCAAAGGUUCAACGAGGAGAAUGUGCAGAUACCUGAUCAGAACGAGCAGGUAACUAUCGCUGCCUUCACCAACGGGUUAGUGGCCGGGAUCUUCAACACCGAAAUCCAUCGGCAGUACCUCCAUACACUUCGGGAGCUCUGGGAAAGAGUGGACCAGGGAAUCCGAAGUGAAGAUGUAAAUCGCAUGAAGCGAGAAGCCCAAGCAUCUCGUACGGGGCAAGAUACCCGGAGGAGGAAAGACACCGGCCGAGGUGAACCAGGCCCAAGUGGCACUUCAAACCAACUCCGAGACCGCCGGAGUGUUUUCGACCGGAUUGUGAAAGGCAGGUCGUCCACCUCGGACGCCGAGCUGACCCCGCUCAAUUCUAGCCGGUCUCAUGUUUUGGCGGUGAUGAGGCAAAACCAUCUCGGCCGAACCCCUCCUGAUAUUCCGAGGAGGAGAGAUAAGAGGAACUCAAACCUCUAUUGUGCCUACCACCGGGAUGUUGGGCACGAGACUGAAGACUGCAAUGAUCUGAAGCGAGAGAUCGAGAAUUUGAUCCGGCAGGGGUACCUGAAGCAAUUCGUCCGCAAGGAUGGAAGCUUCAACCGAAGCGUCUCCUACCGGGAGAACCGGGGCCCCCGCCGGGAGAACAGGCGGGACACGAACAUGCAUUGCCGAGAUCCCGAGGAUCGCAGGGAGGACAAGCAGCCUCCAUGCGACGGAUCACCGGGCUACGGCCCCAACAUCGCCGGAGUGAUCAACACGAUCGCGGGAGGACCAACGGGAGGAGACAGCCAGAACUCCCGAAAGCGGACCUACCGCCAAGCCGGUAUGGAGGUGGCCGAGCCGAGCUCUCGGCUGUCCGAAGUCAUCACCUAUGGUCCCACUGAUCCAGUUCCUGCGGCCUCCAGCAGUCACGAAACUCUCGUGAUCGAAGUCCUCACCAACAACUACAUAGUCAAAAAGGUCUAUGUUGACUCCGGAAGCUCGGUAGACGUCUUGUACUACCGAACUUUCGAAAGUUUGAAACUGACCAGGGAGCAACUCACUCCGGUCAGAACUCCCCUCGUUGGAUUUGGGGGACACGUGGUCCACCCCGAGGGUAUGGUGUCCCUGAUGGUGACCAUCGGGCUUCAUCCCCGCUGCCGGACUAUACCCGUCAACUUCGCGGUGGUCAAGGCAGAUUCUCCUUACAAUAUGUUGAUAGGUCGGCCCACGCUCAAUGCCUUGAGGGCUGUGUACUCUACCUACCACCUGAGUUUCAAAUUCCCGACAUCAGCCGGGGUGGCCGAGGUGAGCAGUGACGUGAAUACUGCCCGCGAAUGCUACCUCGCCACCAUCCAGGCCGCAGUCACGCCCCGGAUUGCGUCGAGGGCCGAAGAAAAGAGGCCAGCAGUCCUCUCCAUAAACUGCAUCGACCCUCAGAAGGCAGGAGAGCCCAACAGGCUCGACCCUGGGGAUGAGGUGGAACAAGUGGUCUUGGAUGAAGCGAAACCUGACCAAGUGGUCCAAGUAGGGGCCGGACUCCCCUCACCCCUGAAAGAAGAAAUGAUCUCCCUGAUCAAGGACCACCGAGACGUCUUCGCGUGGUCCGCAGAUGACGUGGUCGGAGUGCCACCCGAGCUCAUGAUUCACCAACUCAACGUUAACCCACAGGCCCGACCUGUGCGGCAGAAACGAAGGCACUUCGGCCCCGAACGUAGCAAGGCCAUAUCGGAUGAGGUCGACAAGCUCUUGCCAGCCAAGAUGAUCCACGAGAUCCAAUAUCCCACCUGGCUGUCCAACCCCGUUAUGGUCAAAAAGGACAUCGGUGGUUGGAGAAUGUGUGUGGACUUCACCGACCUCAACAAGGCCUGCCCCAAAGACUGCUACCCUCUGCCGAGCAUAGACACCCUCGUCGACUCGGCAAUGGGAUAUGAGAUCCUCUGCUUCCUAGAUGCCUUCAAAGGGUAUCAUCAAAUAGGAAUGAGUGAAGAGGACCAAGAGAAGACGGCGUUCUACAUCGACCGAGGUACUUAUUGCUACGCUACCAUGCCAUUCGGGCUAAAGAACGCCGGGGCGACCUAUCAACGGUUGAUCAACCGACUCUUCAAAAACCAAAUCGGCCGCAAUGUGGAGGCCUAUGUGGACGACAUUCUCAUCAAGAGCCUAACCACUUCGGUUUUUCUGUCCGAUGUGAGGGAGGUCUUCGGCGUCCUGCGGGACUCGAGGAUGAAGUUAAAUCCCAAGAAGUGUGUCUUCGGUGUCACCUCAGGAAAAUUUUUGGGGUAUCUGGUUUCCCACCGGGGAAUCGAAGCAAACCCCGACAAAGUCAAGGCCAUCCAGGACAUGUCCUCACCUCGGAACCUCCGAGAAGUCCAGCGACUGAACGGACGCCUGGCUGCACUGAACCGCUUCCUAUCCCAGUCCGCAGAAAAAGCUUUGCCCUUUUUCAAGGUGUUAAAGAAGGCCGAUCAAUUUGCCUGGACUGAGGAGUGCCAGGCUGCCUUCGACAAGCUGAAGCAGUACCUGCACCACCUACCCACCCUCGCUUCACCUCGGCCCGAGGAGAAGCUGUACCUCUACCUCUCCGCAGCGGACAAGGCCGUCAGCGCUGUGCUCAUCCGGGAUGAGGGCACUCAAGUGCCAGUCUACUAUGUCAGCCGAGCUCUCCGUGGGCCGGAGACUCGAUACACCCAAGUGGAAAAACUUGUGCUAGGACUGGUCCACGCCGCCCGGCGGCUGAAACCUUAUUUCUUAGCUCAUCCCAUCUCCGUCAGGACCAACCAGCCUCUCCGACAGAUACUGGUGCGGCCCGAGGCCUCCGGGCGCCUCACUAAGUGGGCCGUUGAGUUGGGGGAGUACGACCUGUCAUAUGAGCCGCGCACCGCCAUAAAAGCUCAAGCCUUAGCCGACUUCUUGGCCGAGCUCACCUUCACGGAAGGUCGAGAAUCCGCUUCCGCCGUCGCCGAAGUGUCCACCCCACACUUGUGGAGGUUAUACGUGGACGGAUCCUCUAACGGGGAUGGCAGUGGAGCAGGACUACUCCUGGAGGGCCCCCAGGGAGAAGUGUGCUCGUACGCCCUCCGCUUUGACUUCUCGACCACUAACAAUGAAGCCGAAUAUGAAGCCUUAAUCGCGGGACUCCAGCUAGCCCGCAGGCUCGGCGCCCAGCAAAUCCACGUCCGCAGUGACUCCCAACUCGUUGUACGCCAAGUUCUUGGUGAAUACGAGGCUAAGGAUGAGACCAUGCAACGGUACCUCUCCAAAGUUCACCAACUCACGCUCUUAGUGGAAGUCCUGAGUGAACCAGGAUACGUGGAAGAGGUGGCCUGCCCCGUGCACUCUAAAGAAACCUGGAUGACCCCGUUCAUCCUUUUCUUGGGUCAGGGAGCCCUCCCCGAAGACCGAGCCGAGGCGAGAAGAAUACAACGCAAGGCGGCUCGGCACGCUCUCAUCGAUGGAGAGCUGUACAAACGCUCCUACCUCUGCCCAUGGCUGAGGUGUGUCACUCCCGAGACAGGACGUCACGUCCUCCACGAGAUCCACGAAGGCCUGUGCGGAGCUCACGUCGGCCACAGAAUGCUAGCAAAGAAGGCUUUGCUUCUUGGAUAUUUCUGGCCCUCUGUUCGGCAAAACGCCCGGGAUCUCAUUCUCGGCUGCCCUUCCUGCCAAGUCCACGCACCCGAGCAUCACCAGCCCUCAAACUUCAUGGUUCCCAUCACUUCACCCUGGCCGUUCGAGCAAUGGGGGACAGACAUCAUAGGUCCUUUCCCCAGAACCGUCGGGGGUUAUACCUACCUGGUAACCGCAGUGGAUUACUUCACCAAGUGGGUUGAGGCCGAGCCUUUGAGGACCAUCACCGGGCUGGCAAUUCAAAAAUUCUUUUGGAAAUGCAUCGUCUGCCGCUUCGGCAUACCUCAGGUCAUCAUCUCGGAUAAUGGAAGGCAAUUUGCCGAGAACCCCUUUAAAACUUGGUGCUCAAACCUUGGCAUCAAACAACAUUUCACUUCGGUGGGCCACCCCCAGGCCAACGGUCAAGCAGAAAACUUCAACCGAACUCUCUUGCACGGUCUCAAGACCCGACUCCAUCGAGUUGGGACAUCUUGGGUGGAGGAACUCCCCAGUGUCCUGUGGUCGUAUCGAACCACGCCGAGGUCAGCAACGCAAGAGACCCCCUUCUCUUUGACCUACGGCGCCGAGGCUGUCAUCCCGGCCGAGAUCCUUACCCCUAACCCUCGGCUAGCAGCCUAUGCAGCCGAGGUGAAUGACGAAGAGAGGCAGUUGGAUCUCGACCUCGUCGAUGAGCGAAGGGACCUCGCCUCAGCCCGGAUAGCUUCCUACAAGAACACACUGGCACACUAUUACAAUGCCCGCGUCAGACACCGUAGAUUCCAGCCUGGAGACGUGGUUCUCAGAAAAAACUCAGUCAGCCGAGCUGAACCGCAAGGGAAAUUGUGCCCGAAAUGGGAAGGCCCUUACCGAGUUGUGGAAUCUAGCCUUAAGGGAUAUUGUAAACUGAGUUACCGAGAUGGCUCAUUAGUGCCGAGGUCUUGGCACGCCGAGAACCUCAAAUUGUAUUAUGCUUGA